CUAACUAGGGCCGCCCCUUGUCGCCAUCUUAUGGUGGAAGAGGCGGCUCUGGGACAGAGGAGUGGUGAGGAGUGAUGCCCUGCAAAGUGAAAGGUGGUAAAGGGAGAUGUCUCUGGGAUCUGCUUCAGACUUUGACCUGAUGAAUGCUCUGGAUUGGAGCAACGGCAUUGCUACUCUUCCUGGAAGUCAACUACAGUUCCGCCUCAGUGAGUUUGGGACUUUGGAGAUCAUUACAGAUUCUGACAAGACCUUGGACUCUUCCGCCAAUAUCCAGGAUACAGGGAAAUCUGUUCAGAGAUCCACUUGUACUAUCCCUGAACAAGAAAUGAAAAAAAGUGAAGAAAAACCUGAUAACGCGGUGAAAAAGGAAAUGGUAGAGGACGAUGAAAAGAAAGUGGGCUCCUCUUUAGAAGCGCAAUCAGCUACACCUACUCCUCCGACUGAACCUGCAGGUCCUGUAACCAGCACAGAGAACGAACGUCCUCAGAGGUUGCGAAAGAAGAGAAAACUUUUAAUGGAUUCAGGCGAUGAGGAAGAUCCAAUUGAGGAAGAUGAGGAGAGACUGAGAGUGUACCAGAAGAGAGGAAAAACUGCCAAGCAAGUAAAAGCAGCAUCUGCACAGAAGAAGAAGCUCUGGAACUGGGUUUCAUACCUGGAAGAGGAGAAGAUGCCAGCUGCGCCACUAAAGCUCUUCAAAGAGCAUCAGUCGUUUCCUCAGUCACGGAAUAGCUUUAAAUUGGGAUUAAAGUUAGAAGGACUAGAUCCAGAACAUCCAUCCUUGUACUGUGUCCAGACUGUUGUAGAGGUUCAAGGCUAUCGAAACAGACUUCAUUUUGAUGGGUAUCCUGACUGCUAUGAUUUUUGGGUUAAUGCUGAUUCUUUGGAUAUACAUCCUGUGGGAUGGUGUGAAAAAACUGGACAUAAACUUGUGCCUCCAAAAGGUUACAAAGAUGGAGAGUUUAGCUGGCCCUCAUAUCUGAAACAAUGUAAAGCUCAGGCUGCCCCAAAAACAUUCUUUAAAAGUUACAACACGCCUGUUACUCCGUCUGGGUUCCGGGUGGGUAUGAAAUUGGAAGCUGUGGAUCGGAAGAAUCCUUCCUUGCUUUGUGUGGCCACAAUUUCCGAUAUUGUGGAGAACAGAUUGCUCAUUCACUUUGACAGCUGGGAUCACAGUUAUGAUUACUGGUGUGAUGCUAGCAGUCCAUACAUCAGACCAGUCGGGCACUGUCAGGAGGCUGGUAUUUCACUGACUCCCCCACCAGAAUAUAAAGAUCCUAAAAUCUUCACCUGGGAAGCAUAUCUGGAGAAGACUGGCGCUCAGGCAGCCCCAGCAAGGGCAUUCAAAGUGCGCCCACCACAUGGGUUCCAGCCACAGAUGAAACUAGAGGCUGUUGACAAGAGGAAUCCCAUGUUAAUUCGAGUUUGCACUGUUAUAGAAAGAGAAGAAAAUUGCAUCAAGCUUCAUUUUGAUGGCUGGAGCUCACUUUACGAUUAUUGGGUGGAUGCUGACAGUCCAGACAUUCACCCUGUUGGUUGGUGUGCUAAGACUGGACACCCUCUACAGUUACCACCUGGUGUUGCAGACAUAUCCCCAGCUCCUGGACAAGGCUGUCCCAUUGCUGGAUGUAAAGGUAUUGGACAUGUGCGAGGACCAAAAUAUGGCACCCAUUACACUGCAGUUGGAUGUCCUUACUCAGAAGUAAAUCUCAACAGAGAGAUUUUCUUGCAAGAUCGUCUUAGUGGAGAACGACCACUACUAUCUCACCACACAAUAAAGGCUCGGAGAUCAGGGACACCCAACCCUGUUUCUGACCCUCCACCUGAUUCUCCACAUUCCAGAAAGUCUCCUACAGAUGAGCAGUGGGGGAGAGGUAACAUGUGGGAGAUGGCAGAAUGGCUAGACGAUGAAGCUGACACAAAGCCAUCAAUUAAAAAGGGUGCACACACAUAUAUCCGUCUGCAGCUGAUUAAACAGGAAACAGAUGGCACAGAUUGUGAGCUGAGUCUUGAGCAAGCGCUUCAUCAGUCAGUGUUUAUGACAUCCUUGUCCUCUGAUCCCAGCCAUCGCAUUCAUCUGUGCUGGGAAAAGCAAUGUCAUCUUCUUCCCGAAGUGUCAGCAUAUACUGCCAAGACUGUCAGAAAGUGGAAUGCUGAAGAAGUUGCUCUGUUUGUCCAGCAGCUGCCAGGCUGUAUGGAACAAGCAUCUGUCUUCAGAGAAGAGCAAAUUGAUGGCGAGGCCUUCCUCCUGCUUACUCAGACAGACUUGGUGAAGAUCUUGGGACUCAAAUUAGGACCUGCUUUAAAAAUCUACAACUCUAUUCUUAUGUUCCAUAAUUUAGCCCAGAACUAAUGAGACAGUGGUCAGUGAGAACAAGACUAACAAAAGACAACCCAGUAUUAUACACCUUAUGCAAGACUUGAACAGUCCUGAACUGCAAUCAGCCCUGUUAUUUGGACAAUGCGCUUUGUUUGCUCCAUUGCUAUGAAACCUGCUUCAUCAGUGUGCAGAUUAGGAGUCCUCUAGCAUUGAAGAGCGUGAUGAAUCUGCUGCUGUGGUGCCUUACUGCUUUUAUUCCUAGUUUUUUGUUCACUAGGGGUUAAUUUCAGUUUUCUCAUCAAAGAAGUAAAAUGUUUCUGUUGUCA